CCCCCUCCUGAUAUCCAUUGCUGCCAUGACAGGCAGAGGUCUCCUCUCGAUCGCGGCUCGGCCGGCUGGAGAAGAGGCAGAUUGAUUUGGGACGGUGGGUCUCAUCUGCGGAUGUGGUUCGGUCUGUGGAGCCUGUAAAUACCAUCGGCGCCGACACACCGCGAUUCUUACUCAGGGAAAGAGGAGAGAGAGAGAACAACAUGUCUUCUCGGUCUGCAUUACCGUCUGGAAACGACAGGAGUACUGGAGACCAUCAUGCGUCGCUGGGGGCCAGCCGCUCAGACAAGGCCACCAGCCAGUCCAGCCGCUCGCUGGGCGCCCGCUGCAGGAACUCCAUCGCCUCCUGCUCCGACGAGCAGCCGCACAUCGGCAACUACCGGCUGCUCAAGACCAUCGGCAAGGGAAACUUUGCCAAGGUCAAGCUGGCCCGCCACAUCCUGACGGGCAAGGAGGUGGCAAUAAAAAUCAUUGACAAAACUCAGUUGAACCCAACCAGCCUACAAAAGCUCUUUCGGGAGGUACGAAUAAUGAAAGGCUUAAAUCACCCUAACAUAGUGCAGCUGUUCGAGGUGAUUGAGACUGAUAAGACCCUUUACCUAAUCAUGGAGUACGCCAGUGGAGGUGAAGUGUUCGACUACCUCGUGUCUCAUGGGAGAAUGAAGGAGGUGGAAGCCAGAGCCAAAUUCCGACAGAUUGUUUCCGCUGUCCACUACUGCCACACUAAGAACAUUGUCCACCGAGAUUUGAAGGCGGAGAACCUUCUGCUGGAUGCCGACGCCAACAUCAAGAUCGCCGACUUUGGCUUCAGCAAUGAGUUCACGCUGGGCAACAAGCUGGACACGUUCUGUGGCUCGCCGCCCUACGCUGCCCCUGAGCUUUUCCAGGGGAAGAAGUAUGACGGGCCCGAGGUGGACGUCUGGAGCCUCGGAGUCAUCCUCUACACGCUGGUCAGCGGCUCGCUGCCCUUUGAUGGGCAGAACCUGAAGGAGCUGAGGGAGCGUGUGCUGAGGGGAAAGUACCGCGUGCCCUUCUAUAUGUCCACAGACUGUGAGGGGAUCCUCCGCCGCUUCCUGGUGCUCAACCCCACCAAACGCUGCACCCUAGACCAAGUCAUGAAGGACAAGUGGAUAAAUUCAGGGUAUGAGGGCGAUGACCUGAAGCCCCACAUAGAACCUGUUGAAGACUUCAGUGAUCCAGCUCGCAUAGAGGUGAUGGUGGGGAUGGGCUUCACCUCAGAGGAAAUCAAGGACUCUCUGCUCAAUCAGAAAUACAAUGAAGUCACCGCCACCUACCUACUACUGGGCCGCAAAGGCGAUGAGGCUAGUGAGGCUCGCACAGCCAGUAGCCUGUCCCUGGCGAGGGUACGACCCAGCCCCAUCACCAACGGCACCAACAAGCACUCCUCAGCCACGGGAUCCUCUUCCUCCUCCACCUCCUCCUCACAUAACAAGAGCCAGCGCAGUGCCGCCACCUACCACAGGCAGCGGCGACACAGCGACUUCUGCGGGCCCUCCAUGCCCGUCAUGCACCCCAAGCGGAGCCCCACAAGCACGGGCGACCGUGAGCUGCGGGAGGGACGGAUGCCUUCACGUAAGGCCAGCUGCAGCGUGAUGGGGAGCCACAGCCUCCCUCCCUCCAGCCCAAUGGUCAGCAGUGCCAACAACCCCAAUAAGUCUGAGAUCCCAGACCGCCGCAAAGACAUGAUCGCAACCACAAACAACAUCCCUGGAAGUGCCAUGACACGCAGGAAUACAUAUGUGUGCACUGACCGCACAGGUGCUGACAGACACUCCCUCCUGCAGAACGGCAAAGACAACAGCUCCCUGGGCCACCGCUUGCCUGCAGCGUCUCCCUCCACGCUCAGCAUUUCUGGCGCUGGAGCUGCCUCCUCCUCUUCCUCUUCCGAUCGAUGCCGCCUGACCCGAGGGUCCACCAUCCGCAGCACCUUUCACGGGGGACAGCUGAGGGACCGUGGGCCCCCAGUCUACUCAGCCCCUCCCACUUCGCCCACCUUGUCCCACCAUGACACCAGCCCUCUGCCGCACGCCCGCACCAGGGCAACCUCCAACCUCUUCACCAAGCUGACCUCCAAACUCACUCGCAGGGUUAACCUUGACCCAUCCAAGCGCCAGGGCUCAAACAAAUCAGUCUCGGGUUGUACUCUUCCACAAGGAUCAAAAACAGUUAGGUCACAAAUGAAUCUGAGGGAAUCAGGAGAUUUGCGGUCACAAGUUGCCAUCUACCUGGGUAUCAAAAAGCGUCCGAGCCCCGGGCCGUCGGACGUGGCUGGGAUCUGAGAGGCGGUGUGCGGCGUGACCCUGCGGAGGUGGUUCUGGCUCUGCGGGAGGCGGCGCUGGGAUGU